CUUGCCACUAAUAAAUUGUCUGCCGCACUUGCACUUGCCUCUGCCCAACGAGAGAUGCAACAAAGCAAAGACAAACAACACCUGACCUGACAAGACACCACCAAAGGAAGCCACAAGCCACUACCAUUGCUCCUGCCUUGUCUUUACCCGCUCCACAAACCACACAAGGUCCUCGACUGACCUUGCUUGCCAUGCCAGGCUCCUACAGCUUCAUUCAUCGAUCUUGUCUCAAGUUCAAUCACCAGACAACCCCAUCUCUCCAUAAUCAACAUCAUCAUCUUCAUCAUCAUUGAACCGAACACGUCCAGUGGCUUGAAACUCAAAACUCACCAAUGCCCACGGUGGCCCGAUCAUCACGGCGCUGCUGUCCCCUCGCUCCAUCAUGACCACCUGGAUUGGCGGCGAAUCAACCUCGCCACCUACAGCUCUCCAGCCUGAUGUUUCGACCUCGCCAGGACCCAAGAAACAACAUCGCGCAUGCUUGAAUUGUCGUCGCAAAAAGGUCCGUUGUCACGGCGAACAACCUGCGUGUAGCUUCUGUGUCCGCCUGGGUCAAUCAUGUCGCUACCCCGGCCAGGUCUCUGCCUCCAGACCGAGUGUCGGUGCUGAAGACUCUGGUGCAAAUAAGCUCUAUCCAGCCUUAUUGUCCAGGAUAGCUUCCAUCGAGGCUGAGUUGGACGCCGUCAGGAGUGCAAGCAGCGACGAAAAGCCCAGAGGUCCUUGGUCUGAGGACGCGGUUGGACCCGAUGAAGCGAAUGCUCCCACUUGGAAUCACAUGACUCUGCAUUCUACUGAGAGUACUAGAUCGCCAGGCGCAGUUCUUCCUCCGUUGGAUGUUCAACUAGCAGCCAUUAACGACUUCUUCCGCUACUACCACAGCCAGCCAUAUUGCUUCUUUCAUGAACCGACAUUCCGAACCCAAUUUUCCCGAGGACUACUGCCAGACUAUUUGAUUCUUGCAGUCCUCAGCAUCGCACUUCGAUACUCCAAGACCUACGACAGUACAGGCGCCAUUGCGGUGGAUCUUGCCGCCAGAGGCUGGUCUUUGGUAGUCGCUGCUGCUUUCAAUAGCGACCAGAACCCGACCUACCGUUUAGUGCAGGCUGCGACCCUCCUGGCUUUGUUUGAUUUCACCGGUAAGACUACCGCUCCUUCAAACAUGUCAGGACUAACUGCGGCAGCAUGUAAACAUGGCACCGCCUGGAUCAAAAUCGGAACCGCCGUCAGCCUGGCGCAGUCACUUCAGAUGACGGAUGAACCCAGUAUGAAGUUGGCACCCGCAUCACGGGAAGAACGUCGUCGAACUCUCUGGUCCAUUUAUUGUCUGGACAAGAUGAGCACUUGUGGCAGACGUCGCCCUGCCCUCUUUCUCGACCAACAUUGCAGUCUACACCUCCCCUGCAGCGACUUUGCAUUUCACGCAUCCACAGAAGAAAUAGUUCCAACUUUGAAUCAGCUCAAGUCAUCCGAAGACUUUACUUUGUACAUGGUUGAUUCUCCUGCCGCGACCGUGGUAGUCAUCUCGGUGCUCAGUCAAAUUACUGAGUACUUGCUCCAAAAACCGAAAGAAGAGAUCCAGAAACCGCCGUGGGACCAUACCUCUCAGUACCCGGCAAUCUGUACCCAGCUGGCUCGACUGGAGACCAUGUUUGAAAAUAAUCAAUCGAUUCACGAACAACUCGAAGCCACUGGAUCUCUGGAUGGGGCUGUAUCUACCCCUCUAUCGGAAUCAGCCAUCUUUGCAUAUGUCAUUUACCAGCUGUGUUAUUGUGUCUUGCAUCACCCUAUUAUCCUCAGGUGCAGAUUUAGUAUGACACAUCCGAGGAUCCCGACCAGCUUUUUGGCCCGUGCGCUAGAAAGUUGCCGUUUUCACGCCACUGAACUCACCAAGACUCUGAUGAAUGCGAAGAAGGCCGGCUAUAUUCUGGGGGCCUCAUUUUAUGGAUAUUCCAUGUUGGUUAGCGGCACACUGCAUGCAUUGUUCCAGCAUUCAGACGACGCAGAAGUUGCAUUGUCAUCGGCACAGAUGCUUCAAGCCAACCUUAAAAUGCUCGAGGAAAAGGCAAAGAUCUUUGCGAACUCGGUGCGCAUGGGAGUCGCAUUGAUGCAAUUUGCCUCCGAGGCCAAAGCAUAUCGUUCACUCAUUGAUCCUUCGUGCGUGACUCUUUAUUUCGCGCCAAACGAAGUCGAGCGAUUGUAUUCGGUCAUCGAUUAUGGAUCCAUGUCCACAACACCGACGCAAAAUACCGAGGACCUUGAUGUAGAGGAGAUGUCCGAUGGGAUUGGUGGCCCUUAUGACACCUACCACAACAUGAACGUCUCGGGGGUUGCCACCAACACGUUCUAUCCUCCGGCUGACCAGUUUCCCGCCUUUAUCGGAGAGCAUUUCGACAAUGUGUGAUCACUCGUCGUCCUGACUGGUUGUUGCCAGUCAAAAUUGGAGGAUGAAAUUGUUUGCCAAGCCAGACCGGUGCUAUUGACGUCGUCCUCCAUGAUAAGACUCAGGAGAUGUUCAGAUUGAUCGUUGUUCAAGCGUAGAUGACGAGGCUGAAAAUUCCUGUUCCGAUGGAGACGAUCGUUGCUCUGAUGGUUCUUUUCCCUAGGCAGGAUGGCGUCUGGGAAUGCAGACCAAUUAUCCAUCGACCAGUUUCUCCACGUAACGUGGAAACCACACCAGUGUCAGGCCGCCACAGGCUAUUGAUUUUGACGCAAUAUAAGCACAACGUGCUUCUAUCUUGAAAUGUGUGUUGUCAGACGACUCUUUGAACAAGACCAACUCUUUUCCAAAAUUUUCGACCAAGACUCGGACUAGAGGAUACAUGAUUAGGAGCAGACUGAGGUCUUUUGCGGAAGAUCAAGAAUUCGCUGCAGUUCUCUGGAUCCUUAUUUGAAGGUUCAUAUCUCACAGGGAGCUGCGAAAGAACAUGAGGAGGAUUCGUUGCCUGUUGGAAAGUCAGAAGAUGUUUCCCAACAUGUUCGGACAGGGCCAGAAUGCCAUGUCUGGAAGGGGGUGAAACUGGGGAGGUCGAUACCCAGCGAAACAGCCAUAUGUUGAACAAUCAUGGACAGGCGAUGUAGGAAAUGUUAGAGACGUGGAGACGCUGAUGAUGAUCUGGCUGUGGAUAUUAUGCCUCAAAACGAUCAACUUUGACAAUGAGGAGGCGUUUGAAGCGUUGGAUACCAGAGACGUACGGCGUACGAAUUGAGUACAUUCCACAAUGUCAUUAAGUUAGGCUGAGUACUGCAAAUCUGGUAUAGUCGUCAGUGUGCGGCUCAUAUUCGGAAUCAAGAAGAAAUGUCGCCAGAGCGAGAAGAUAGUGGAUGAAUCGAUUAAGUUUUGGCAACAUGAGGGAUAUUCCACCCAUGAACAGCA